ACGCUUUGGUUACGUGGCCGCAGGGAGGAGGAGGGGCGGCGAUGCUGAAGAUGAUGGCGGCGGCCGAGAGCGGCAAUGGCUCGGGAGGCGGGCGGCUGGAAGUCUCCAUCGACGGCUUGACACUGAGCCCGGACCCAGAGGAAGAUGAAGGGCUGAAGAGCAGACCGCAGCAGCAGCAGGCCUCGGUUGGCAAAGCUGGCCCGGGAACCGAGUCAGGAUUGGGCCCAGGCUCCGGGGAUGGACAGGCCGCUGACCGGGAGACCCAGGCUCGGGUGGAGGAGAUGGAGCAGCGAUGGGGCUUCGCUCUGAACGAGCUCUACAGUCUGGCUCUCAGGUUCUUUAAAGAAAAAGAUGGAAAAGCCUUUCACCCAACAUAUGAAGAAAAACUGAAGCUUGUCGCUCUGCACAAACAGAUUUCUGUCGGCCCCUAUAGUCCUGACUCUUGUCCAGAGGUUGGCUUCUUUGAUGUUCUUGGCAAUGACAGGAGGAGAGAAUGGACUGCCCUUGGGAGCAUGAAAAAAGAAAAUGCCAUGGUGGAAUUUAUUCAUUUGGUGAACAAAUGCUGCAAUCUGUUUGAACCAUACGUCACCUCUCAUAAGAUAGAGAAGGAAGAGCAGGAAAGGAAGAGGAGAGAAGAGGAGGAGCGGCGCCGUAGGGAGGAGGAGGAACGAGAGCGUUUGCGGCAGGAGGAAGAGCGAAGGAAAAGGGAAGAGGAAGAGAAAAGGAGGCGGGAAGAAGAAGAACGAAGAAAUCUAGAGGAAGAGCGGUUUCGAAUGGAGCAACAAAAGCAACAGAUAAUGGCUGCAUUAAAUGCGCAGACUGCAGUGCAGUUCCAACAAUAUGCAGCCCAGCAGUACCCUGGCAACUUCGAGCAACAACAACUCCUGAUCCGCCAGCUUCAAGAGCAGCACUAUCAACAGUAUAUGCAACAGCUGUACCAGGUGCAGAUAGCACAGCAGCAGGCAACACUACAGAAACAGCAGGAACCAGUAGUACCAACAAUGCACAUUGGGAUUGGCGAAGUCCCAACUGUGAACGGACAAACAUCCACACGUACAGACAGCGCAGAAAAAGAGCCUGAGCCAGAAUCUUCAGAAGAAGUAUUGGAAAAUGGACCAAAAGAUGCAACACCGGUCAUAGCAGCACCAUCCAUGUGGACCCGGCCACAAAUCAAAGACUUCAAAGAGAAGAUUCGACAGGAUGCAGACUCUGUCAUCACAGUGGGCCGGGGAGAGGUGGUGACAGUGCGCGUUCCCACUCACGAAGAGGGUUCUUACCUCUUUUGGGAAUUUGCCACAGACAAUUAUGACAUAGGUUUUGGCGUGUGCUUUGAAUGGACGGAUUCUCCAAACACCACUGUGAGUGUGCAUGUCACCGAAUCCAGUGAAGACGAAGAGGAUGAUGAAGGGAGCCCCAGUGAAACAGAAAAGGCCAAGAAGGGGGCCAACAAAGUUCAGGUAGAUGAGGUGGUGCCUGUCUACCGACGAGAUUGCCACGAAGAAGUCUAUGCUGGAUCCCAUCAGUACCCGGGCCGAGGUGUCUAUCUUCUGAAAUUUGACAACUCCUACUCAUUGUGGAGGUCAAAAACGGUUUACUACAGAGUAUAUUAUACCAGAUAAAACCAAGCUUCAAUAUGCUUGGCAUCUGCUUUUGUUCUUGCUUUCUUUUGUAAACUUUAAUUUGCACAUUGUGCAUUGAAAUAAUUAUCAAAAUCAUUCGAUAUAAUAAUAAAUUGGGUGAAGGAUCUGCUAUUGCAGUAAUGAGAAUCACUGCCAGGAAUUGGUUUCAAUAGAUAUAUUUAGUGUCAUUAUUACACCAGGUUAAUGCUUUUGGUUAAUGAUAAAAUGAUAAAUUGGUUUGUUAUUGUCACAUGUACCGAGGACAGUGAGAAACUUGUCUUGAAUACGAUUCACACAUAAAUUUAUUGUAACAGUGCAUCAAGGUAGUACAAAGUAAAACAAUAACCAAGUGCAGAAUAAAGUGUUACAGUUACAGAGAAAGUGCAGUUCAAGGCCAUAACAAGGUAAAUUGUGAGGUCAAGUGCAUCCUAUUGUACUAGGGAGCCAUUCAGAAGUCUCUUAACAGCAGAGUAGAAGUUACUUCUGAGCUUGGUGAUACAUGAUUCAAGCUUUUGUAUCUUCUGCCUGAUUUGGAGAUGAGAAGAGAGGAUGUUCAGAGUGGAUGGGGUCUUUGAUUAUGCCGGCUACUUUACUGAAACGAUGAGAAGGAAUGUCUGUGUUUUAUUAUGAGGUGUGGUUUAUGCACCCCCUGCCUGUAGGCUGUGGAGCCUGGGAUGUCCUCUUAGAACCUGGAUGUAGUGAGUGGGGCUGGGGAGGAGUUUAAGAAAGAAAUUCUUGGAGAUCUGUAUGUUGCUGAGAUACCUGAAUGAGGAACCUUGUACAUACUGUACAUCGCCCCCUCCAGCUUUUCCUGUUUCAAAUUUUUUGUCAAACUCUUGUAUUUAAAAUUUCCAUCUGUUUUUGCUGUUUAAAAGGAGCUACUUGCUGGUAGAUCUGUGUCAGGUAUUUCUCUGGCAAUUGUUAAACCACAUGUCCCACAGGCUAGACGUCUGAGAUUAGGGUGAAUGCGGAGGGAAGUUAGAAGGAUGAAGGUGAGUGAUUGUUUUGUUCAUUAGGAGCAUCCUGCAAUCAGAACAAAAUUCAGUUGAUGGUUUGCUGGAGUAGCUUGAUCCAGUUAUUCAAUGCUUGGGGCCUGUCCACCUAAAUUCAAAUUCACUUGAUGGAAUCCCAUUGGUUGUCAGCAACUGUGCAGUUUAUUUUCUAUCUGUUCAACCUUUUCCAUCAGAAUAGCACAUACCUAUUUCCCCUGGUAUGUUUCUGGUACUUGUGUAUUCUGGCAGCAAGUAUCUCCUUUACACAGCGCCGUUUCCUUCAGUGGCAACACUGAUGUCUUUUGAAUCAAAAUUCAAGCUUGAAGAAAGCCUCAAAGCUUGUGUGGCAUUUGCUUGAGUUCUUCAACUUGUAUCUCAUUCUAGAGAACAGCCAGCCACUGGAAGUAGGGGCAAGCAUUGGCAGGUGGAACACUUGCAGACUGUCACCUGUUUUGCUGUUUUUCACCUUGUUACAGACAACACCCCUAUCCAAAUUAUUCCCCAUGGGACAGAUUAAUGUUCAACUGUACAAAUCAAGUUAACUCUGAGAUGGAUACUCUAGAAUUAUGGAUGUUGCAUUUCCACUCUCCGGGGGUACUUGUUCUCAGCAUCUGUGAGGCUGUCUUUUCUUAUGAGUAUCUCUGACAGAGGUAAAACCGGCAGAUUUUGUGUUCCUGAAUGCCCUCGUGUGAUCCCAGCUGUAGAAUAAUGUGGGUGUAAUUGCAAUUGGACUCGUCUAUGAUCACCUUCCCAGUGCGGCAUGUACUGCCACAUUGUAUGAGCUGACUAGAAAGUCAAAAAUAUAUUCACUUGUAUGGCAUGAAAAUCUAGAGAUAAAGAUGUGUUUUAGGUCAAUUUGGACACCUUAAUGUGGUAGCCAAGUUCAGCUCAGGGAAAUGGGGCUGGCUAGAGAUUUCAGGAAAAUUAAUGUUGGCCUUGACCUAAACCCAUCAUGAUAGAGUAAAUCCCAAUCAAAUCACUGUAGACAGUAAACGGCUUCUCCAGCCAGGGAUGCCUCUUGAAAUUUUAGAAGCUCACACUUUAAACUUUCCUCAACAUUUUUUGCCUAUCAAUAAGGCAGUGAAGAUAGCAAGCCAGAGAGAAACAGAAUGAUUGUGGGCGGUGCAGAAAAUGGAUCUCAUUUGGAAAAGACCAGGAAAGUGGUUGGUUCUGUAUGUUCCUCCAAUGACCUUGAUAUCACCUUGGGAUAUGGUGUCCUGGAAUAUUAUGCAACGGAAGAAGUUCAUGUCCUGAUAAAUGUGUCAGUCUGGAGGAAAGGUUGUUUCAUUUAAGAUGCCUGUCGGGUGGAUUGCCAUUUUGACAGUGGAACAUCUCUAUUUGAAUAGGCACGGUGGAGAGUCGAGGUCUGAGCUUUUCAUCCCCACUCUCAAUCCUGGAUAUUCCCCAUUGAACUUUUGUAACUUUGCUAGCAAGACUGUUACAGUGGGUCAACAACUGUCACCAUGGAUGGGGCCAGCUAUAAGGUGAACAGUACAUCAUUUAGACUGGGUGGAACUCCAUUUUCGACUAAAGUGUACCAAAUUGCCUCUUAGAUGAGGCAGUGAAUACUGGGAGCCACCCAUCCAAUUACAGGCUCAUCCCAAAUUAGUAUCUGCAUAAGGAGAAUGACAAAUAUGGGGAUUGAAGUACUGAGCAGCUUGAUCCCCCUACCUCUAUGAACUGGGCUCCCCAUAGGCAGUAACCAAGUGGCAUGAAGACAGCUCCAUUACCCAAGUCAAGAAAGCCACAACUUAGUUAGUCUCAGAGGUUAACACUUAAAACCUUUCUUCUCCCCUCUUUAUUUUUAAAGCAAUAUAUUUUUGUGACUGUACAGGUUGAAUGGUGAUUUCUAAUUAUGUAUAUUUAAAGUAUAUGUUUAUAAUGUAGAGGGAUCUUUCAUGGGCUUGUUGGUCUGGAAUCAAGAUAUUCAGCUGCUAACCUGGCCUGUCCCUUUUGUGUUGGUCUCUCCCUGUGAGCAGCGAAGAAGGAACAAAACUGCAAAAUGUGUAAUAUUAGUGAAUUGCUCUGGACUUUGGGUCAGCAAUGCCCAGCCCAAUGCUUUUCUUCAAAUAUUAAAAAAAUAAGUUUUGCAUAAAUAACAGAAGUGUGACGUACUUGCACUAAGUACAGAUUUAUUUCUCCCUUAUAAUUUAAUGCUUUUUCUCAUACUGACAUGCCUGGAUUUGCAGCUGUUUUGUCACCAAAGACCCUUCAUUCACGUCAUUAACUUAAGAUCUCCUUCACAAAUGAUGCUUUCAUUUCCAGUAGUGUGGUCACCUGGUAUGCCCAAACAACAUGGCUGUGAUCUGUACAGUUCUGAGAGCGGAGUUUAUUCUACAGGUGGUGAUUCUGUGUGUUUUUUUUUGUUUUCUCUCUCAUUCUCUUUUAUAAAUAAUUUUUAACCCUUGUUUUGUACAUAAUAAUUUUCUCUGUCCCCUUUCCUUUUUGUGUGUACGUACAGCUAUUUUCUUAAUUAGACAGCUCUACCUGUUUUAUAUGGUUUUCAUUAUUCCAGUUUUCAGAGAAAUGGAAAUAUAAUGGGGCUCUUACUUUGCAGAGAUUGUUACUGGAAAUGUGGUCUGAUUUCCCAGGAUAUUAAACAUGGGAAGGUUUUAUUGCAGUGAGUUUUUAAAACAAAAUGACCAGUGCAAUUUCAGAAACUGUUUCUUUCAAUAAUAUAUUUAAUCUCAAUUAAAAUGUGUAUCAGCAGUCUUUAUUUUCCCUCCCUUUUUUGUGAGAUUUGCAUUAGUUUGAAGUUUUAAGUAAAUUAUUAAAUGCAUAUGUCAAUACACCUAUCUUCCUUCUGGAUUAACAGAAUCAGGGCAACACUGAUAGCUGUGUAAAGCUUAACAGACUUUUUUUCCAUCUAUAUUUGUGCUCUUUGGACCUGAUACUUGAGAAUAUAGAUAUUUGGCAUCUAUUUUCUUGAUAACCUUCUGUCAGUGCGGUGAGGGUAUUCGACAGUGGCAUAGUGUACUAUAAUCAAGUAACUUGCUAGGUAGAUCCUUUUAGAGGCCAGAUUAGGAUGGACAGCAAAGUUGCACAUAUUCAGUUAAGCAGACAGGCUUCCUUCAUUAAUUUUAAGUUCUCUGUUUGCUAAAUAUAUAAGUAACCAGUGGUUAUGUACUAUGGAGACAUAAUAGACUGCAAAUUUUGUUAUCUGGAACAACACACAAACCAAUGGAGGAACUUUAGUAUUAAUGUUGGGGAAAUUGUCAGUUGACAUUUCAGGUCAAGCCCCUUUGUGCAUUUACCUCUAGAUGCUGCCCGAUUAAGAGUACCUCUAGUGUUUUGUGUUAUCUAUUUUUCCGUUCUUUGCAGCACACAUUGCUUUUUGUUCUGGGCUUGUAUGUGUGGAUGGAAAAGGUUGCAUUUAUUGGCCUCUGCUGAUUGUCCUCAGAGGUGAUGUUAACACACCAUCUUGCACUGGAUUUUAGUUUUAAAAUACUUUCUUUAUUCAUGAUGUGGAGGUCAGUGUCAAGGCUAGCAUUGUUACUUAUCCAUAAUUAGCCCCCAAGAUGAUGGUGAAUGGUCAGGAAAAGUGGUAAAGGUGACUCCUUGUAGUUGUUGGGUGGGAGUCUCAGGAUUUGGAUGCAGCAACAGUAAAGGAGUAGGCUUUGGGAGGUGAUGUCUGUGCAGCCUUGUCAGUUAACAGCAGUGUAUUUUGUAGAUGGCACACAUGCUGAUAGCAUCUCCCAAACCAUUGACCCUUACCACUGGAGAGGACACAAGAAGCACGGCAAGGCCACUAAUUGCAGGUUCUCCAUAUUGACUUGUAUGUAUGUGGCUGUUUUAUUGUCAUGGCUGUAUCUAAGUGCAGAAGUUUGCACAGUGUCAGUGCUGUCAACUGCUUUGCCCCUCCAAUGCUGCUUUAGAGACUGCUCCUUGCAAGCAUGAGGGGCACAGUGAAACAGCUGAAGGAGUUUGAGCCAAAGACACUGCUCUGAGGAGCACCUGCGAUAAUGUCCUGGCACUGGUUGACUGUAAUCCAAUCAUUGUCUCCCUUUGUGUGCGACAGGACCCCUUUAAGUGUCAUCCCAUUAAUACCUAUUGACUUCAAUUUUACCGGGAUUCCCUGAUGUUCUACUUAGUCAAAUGCUUGUAAUAUGAUAAAGCACAUAAUCUAAAUGGUAAGUGAUUGCAGAUAUUUGAAAUGCAGAGAUCUUGGAUACUCUUGUUCAUCUUCUCCCAGGCUAGCAUCUCCAAUAUUAAUCAUGGGAAGAGGCUCAAACAGGGAAAAAGAUUGAAGAAUGUAGUCAAAAACUACUUUAUGAAAUGUAACAUCUUCACUGAUUCUGUAAAUCUCUGGCCCCUGAUUCAAAGUGGUGUAAGGAGCAGUUGAGAUGGUUGUUGAGAACCUUGAGGCAUGCAUUUUGCACACACACAAACCCCAUGUAAGCAGUUAAUGAUCUUAUUAAAUGAUGGAGAAGGCUUGAGAGGAUGUGAUGAAGCCUGAAAGCCAAAUUGUCGUGGUUCAAAUUCCAAUAGGGUAACAAUGACUGGUGAUUGUGUAGUUAGAUAAGGGAUUGAUUUGCUGAUUUAUCUAUUGUAAAGAGGGCAUACCUGAUUGAUUGUCCCCGCUUAUCCUCUUGAUACCAAGUAGCUGAAUCAUAAACAGAAGAGAUUCUGCAGCUGCUGAAAAUUGAGAGCAGCACAAAAUGUUGGAGGAACUCUUGCAAGUCAGGCAGCGUCUAUAGAAAUAAACAAUUGAUGUUUCAGGCCAAGACUCAUUAGACAGCAAAGGAAGGGGGAUGACCCCAGAAUAAGGUUUAGGGAUGGGGAAGGAGUAUAAGCUAGGUUGUGGGUGGAGGAGGUGGUGGAUGAAGUAAGAAGCAGAGGCGAUGGGUGAAAAAGGUAAAGGGCUGAAGCAGAAAGAAACUCUUAGGAGAGUGGACCAUGGGAAAAAAAGGAGGGGCACCAGGGGAGGGGAGGGAGUUAUAGGCACGUGAGAAGAGGGAGGCCAGAGUAGGGAAUCGAAGGGGGGAGGAACAAUUACCAGAAGUUGGAGAAAUUGUUGCUCAUUCCAUCAGGUUGGAGGCUACCCAGACGGAGUAUAAGGUAUUGCUCCUCUAACCCGAGUGGCUUCAUCGUAUCAGUAAAAGAAACCAUGGACCAACUUAUUGGAAUGUAGAUCGGACAAAACGGUUGGCCGCCAGGAAAUCCUGCUUUUUGCAGAUGGAGCAAAGGUGCUUGACAAAGCAGCCCCCCAUUCCAUGUUGCCUCUCACCAAUGGAGGCCACAUCAGGAGCACUGCAUGCAGUAACGUGCAGGUGAAGUGUUACCUCACUCGGAAGGACUGGCACUUGUUUAACUUGCCAGGGGUAAGUACCAGGAGGGAUAGUUGGAGAGAUGAAAGGACAAGGGGAUGACUAAGGGUGCAAUCCCUGUGUGAGGUGGAGAGUAUGGGCUAAGUUAAGUGGCUGGAUACCAGCUUUGGUGAGGGUAGGGAAGUCUCAAGAGGAAGCCAAGAUGCCCAACGAUAGUUGCAGGUGCUUGUUUUGUAUUCAUAGCUUGAUUCCCAUCAUUUGUCAAGGAUGUUCUUGGCAUCUGCUUCCAAAUGCAGAAUUUAAACUGAUCUUUGAGUUGUGCAAUCAUAUUGUUUACUGUUCUGCAUACGUGAACAUAAGGUGGUCUGAUGAGUCAUUGCAGUAUGCAGAGACCUUUUGGCCCAAUGACUUAGUCUCAAUUUCCUGUGUUCAACUCUAUUCUAAGCCCCCACCUCCUCCAAGUGCAUCUUAAGUACCCAUUCUAUAUACGUCACUCUCUGCAUGGAUAAAAGUUGCCUCAGGUCCCUUUUUAAAUUUUCCCCUCUUGCUCUAAUCCUAUGCUUCCCUAGUUUUGGAUCCCUUACUCCAAGGAAAAGACCUGAUAUCCACCUUAUCUUUGCCUCAUAAUUUUCUUCAUUCUUGUACACUCCAAGGAAUAAGGUCUGGCAAUCUGCCCUAAACUCAGGCCCUGUGGUUCUGGCAGUGUCCUCAUAAAUCUUUUCUGCACUCUUUCCAGUUUAACAUCUUUUCUACGACACAGUAUUGAACUGCAAGCACGAAAACACUGACCCAAAUGAUUUUUCCAUGGCUGCUCCUACCAGUGCAGUUGUGGACAAAUGAAUGCUUGCGAUGCGUAAGGAGAGUGGGUAGAUCAUUGGAGGUGUGUGGAGCAACUUGAUUUUGCAGAAAGUGUUGGGUGCCUGGAUAAGCUGCCAAGGGUGGUAGUGGAGGCAAAUAUGAUAGAGGCACUUAAGAGGUUCUUAGUUUAUGAAUGUACAAAGAAUGAAGGGAUAUGGACUUGUGCAGGAAGAGAGACUAGUUGAAUUACCUUGGCACAACAUCAUGGGGUGAAGGAGCUGGUCCUGUGGUGUGUUGUUCCAUGACUGGUGACACAGAUAUAGAUGCCACAGGGUCUAUGGUGAUGGGCAUCAAACUGUCAGUUUGGAGUCAUACAUUCACUUGACCAAAGGUGAAAGAUUUCUUGCUUUUGCAUUAACAAAUGUUUUUAUUGUACCAGUCUAUUUUAUUGUACCAUUUCAUAAAGCUACCAGAUAAUGAGAUCUGCUUCAAUUUCUGAAGCCCUACUGUUCCACUCAAAAACAGCUUUGCUUGUUCUCUGCUCAUCCUUCUUGUUUUACGGGCCUUCAGAACAUAUGUAAGGUCAUGCAGGAAACUAGUAAUUUAUUUUCUUUACUGUGAAGUUGGUCACUAAUAUCUGGGAUUCUUAGUAAGGAACCACGUUGGGUUGCUAAGAUACUGAAGGAUGUCACACUGUUCAUCAACUGUACUGGUUUUAUACAGAUAUGCUACACACUCUUUCAAAUACUUUAAUAGGAAAACCUUACCAGAAACAGAAAAGUACACACAAAUAUUUAAAAACAGUUACUAAAUACACCAAAAACAUUUCUUAUAAAAAGUAAAGCAAACAAUGGGAUCUACUUUAUGAAAAAUAUUAAAUUUUAUAUUUCAGAUCUGAUAAGAAAUUUGUUUGUCCUAUAUAUAAAAAAAAUGCUGGCGCUGUUCAAAAGUCAUUUUAAAGUAUUUUCAAAGCUGCACUGCUGGAAACUGGGAAGGGGAGAAAAAAAUCAAAUUUAUAAAUCCACUUUAAUUUCAUCCUUCCAGAGAAAUAAAAAAAAUCAUGUACGCUGAAAACUAAGAAUGUCCACCAGGUGCUUAUGAGAUUCUAGCACCUGCUCCCCAGCGCGUUUAAAGUCUCUAGAAUUACAGUAUCCCACCCCACUGAUUAAUGCUCUAAUGUUCAGCACACUCUUCUCCCCAUGGCUCAACCUCUCUCUUCCCCUAUUUAUCCUGCACACAUCUCCACCAUCCUUCACCCCCAGAUUCCACACUCUACCCCCCACCCUAACCUCCCUUCCCCUGAAAGAAUAAAAUAA